AUGUGCAGAGAAAUAGACAUAAUUGUAAACUCUGCUGCAACAACUAGAUUUGAUGAAAGAUUUGAUACUGCAAUAAGGAUCAAUACACUGGGUGCCGUAAAUGUCGUCAAAUUUUCCAAGCAGUGUACAAAACUAAAGAUGCUUCUCCAUGUAAGCACAGCCUGUGUUUGUGGCGAAAAGGAAGGAUUGAUACUAGAAAAGCCAUUGAACUAUGGCGAGACGCUUAAUGGAAGCUCUCGCUUAGACAUUGACGUGGAGAAAAAGCUGGUAGAGGAGACACUGAAGGACCUUCAAGAUAGGAAUGCCACCGAAAAAGAAGUUUUAGCUAUGAGAAUUUUAGGUAUUGAGAGGGCAAGGCUACAUGGAUGGCCAAACACAUACACAUUCACAAAAGCAAUGGGAGGGAUGCUUUUGGGACACCUCAAGGAGGAUCUCCAACUCAUAAUCCUCCGGCCAACAAUUAUAUUAAGCACCUACAAGGAGCCAUUCCCUGGAUGGAUUGAAGGAUCGAGUCAACGUGGUCUUGGAGAUGGAAUUAAUGACUCGCCAACCAACAAUUAA